CGGGGCGGGGCCUAGGGGCGGCUGCUCCGCAGCCUCAAAGUUUGGCUGUGGCGGCAAAUGGGCUUGGGCGGCUCCUCGGCGGGCGGCGGCGGCAUCCGUGGCGGUUGCUUCUGGCCCCAUUAAUGUCGGGGCCCGGCCCAGGGAGGAUGGCGCCCUAGAGCUCGUGCUCGCUGGGGCUGGGGCGGGCGGCACGGGGCGGGCGCCAGCCAUGUCGGAGGGGACCCGCAGUCUGCUGCAGCGCUGGGGCGCCAGCUUCAGGAGAGGCGCCGACUUCGACUCUUGGGGCCAGCUGGUGGAGGCGAUAGACGAGUAUCAGAUAUUAGCAAGACAUCUACAAAAAGAGGCCCAAGCGCAACACAAUAAUUCUGAAUUCACAGAAGAACAAAAGAAAACCAUCGGCAAAAUUGCAACAUGCUUGGAAUUGCGGAGUGCAGCUUUACAGUCCACACAGUCCCAAGAAGAAUUUAAACUGGAGGACCUGAAGAAGCUAGAGCCAAUCCUAAAGAAUAUUCUUACAUAUAAUAAAGAAUUUCCAUUUGAUGUUCAGCCUGUCCCAUUAAGAAAAAUUUUAGCACCUGGUGAAGAAGAGAAUUUAGAAUUUGAAGAAGAUGAGGAAGAGGGCGGCGCUGGAGCAGGGUCUCAGGAUUCCUUUCCCCCUAGAGUCCCCGGUACUUUAUUACCACGGCUGCCCUCAGAGCCGGGCAUGACACUGCUCACCAUCAGAAUCGAGAAGAUUGGCCUGAAGGACGCCGGGCAGUGCAUCGAUCCUUACAUUACAGUCAGCGUAAAGGAUCUGAAUGGCAUAGAUUUGACGCCUGUGCAGGACACGCCUGUAGCUUCAAGAAAGGAGGACACAUAUGUCCAUUUCAACAUGGACAUCGAGCUGCAGAAGCAUGUGGAGAAGCUGACCAAAGGUGCAGCCGUCUUCUUUGAAUUCAAGCACUACAAGCCCAAGAAGAGGUUCACCAGCACCAAGUGCUUCGCCUUCAUGGAGAUGGAUGAGAUCAAACCCGGGCCGAUUGUAAUUGAACUCUACAAGAAACCCACCGACUUUAAAAGAAAAAAAUUACAGUUAUUGACCAAGAAACCACUUUAUCUUCACCUGCAUCAAACUUUGCACAAGGACUGAUCCUCACCUGAGUACCCUGGAACUCCUGUGAAUCUUACCAGCCAGUAGCAAGCGCCACAGCUCUGUAGGAUCUUCACUCUCUUGGGCAGGAAGUGGGCUGUGCCCACCCAGCAGGCCAGUGAGUACCUGGCAUGGCCGCAGUUUGGAACCGAGUCUGGCGUGGUGCAGAGCAAGUCUCCUUUGGACCUAGGCUUACUGUAGGUGCCGGACCAUGCUCUUCUCUAUUGAUUGUGUGAUCCAUAGUCUGUUUUAUAAUUCACCUCGGAUCCUACCCGGCUUCCCAGAACAGUGCAGCUGUGGGAGGCGUGCUCAUCUUCAGACCCCACACAGCAACAAGAAUGUGCUUGAGUUUACACACCUGCUCCCUGGGGCCGGGCUGUGUAGAGUGCCCCCCCCCCCAGUGGGACGGGCUGCUGGACUUCCGGCUCUGACGUCCUGUAUGGAAUAGCGUGCCUUGCCCAGAUCAGUGUCCCCAAGUGGUGGCUGUGAUUUCUUUUCCCAGAGAACCAGAUUAUUUUUCUGAAAAUGACAUAUUUUAAUCGUGUUGAUCACCUGUUUUACAUCACAGUUAUUUUUUCUGAUGAUUUUAGAGUUAACAUUGGAAGCAUCUCAGAAUAAACACCUUUUUAGAUGGG